GUAAGAUUUAAGUUUAAAAACUUCUUUUAAAUAACAAGUUUAUCGGCUAAGCAUCGCUUAAAUUUAAUACACGUUAUGGAGACUAUACCACGUCACCAUUCGAAGCACCUUAUUACAAGCUGUCAAAGACCCUUAUCACCCAUUCAACUCCUUCCACGUGGCACUUUCGGACAGUGACACAUACGCUACGACAGCUGUCUCACUCGUCUACGUUCGGUAUAAAUAACCUCUGCCAUCACACUUCAAUCUCAUAAACCUCAAACAAAAACCUCAAUGGCUUAUAAUUACCGUUUUGCCAUCUUCCUCACCGUCCUCGCCGCCAUCUCCGGUCUUUCCUCCGCCGCGUUGGUCAAAGAGCAGCCGCUUGUUUUAAAAUACCACAACGGCGCUCUCUUGAAAGGAAACAUCACCGUUAACCUCGUUUGGUACGGACACUUCACACCCAUCCAACGGUCCAUAAUCGUCGACUUCAUCCGCUCACUCAACUCCAAAGAAACCGCAACCUCCUCCGCAACCACCGCUCCCACCGUCGCGUCGUGGUGGAAGACGACGGAGAAAUACAAAGGAGGAACGUCAAAGCUCGUCGUCGGGAAACAGCUUCUCCUCGAGAGCUACCCUCUCGGAAAAUCUUUAAAGAAUCCUCACCUACGUGUUUUAUCCACAAAACUUAACGGCGGAAUACGUUCUAUAACCGUCGUUUUAACGGCGAAAGACGUUUCCGUCGAGGGGUUUUGUACGAACCGAUGCGGGUCCCACGGAUCUAACGGCGCCGCUUACGUCUGGGUGGGUAACUCAGAGACGAUGUGUCCUGGAUACUGCGCGUGGCCGUUUCACCAGCCCAUUUACGGCCCACAAGGCCCGCCGUUAGUUGCGCCUAACGGUGACGUGGGAGUUGACGGGAUGAUUAUAAACCUCGCUACGCUGCUCGCUAACACCGUCACGAAUCCGUUUAAGAACGGGUAUUUCCAGGGCCCACCAGCUGCUCCACUUGAAGCUGUCUCCGCUUGUACCGGCAUGUUCGGGUCGGGUUCGUAUCCUGGUUACGCGGGUCAAGUACUCGUUGAUAAGACAACUGGGUCUAGUUACAACGCUCGUGGGCUCGCGGGAAGGAAAUAUCUAUUGCCGGCUAUGUGGGAUCCACAGACUUCAACGUGCAAGACUCUGGUUUGAUCCGAGGGAUGUGAGUAAGACACGUGGCUUAGUUCUGAAAGCAAAUGAGGAGAUCUAGAUGUAUAAUAUAUGCUUUCGGGUUUGGAUUGUGGAUAGGGGCUCUUUGCUUUUGUCGUUUUGUGUUAUGAGUGUAGAUUAUGUUAUCGUAAAGGUGAAGAUAUAAUAUGCAUAUAAAAUAAAAUGAUUUUGUUUCUACUUUUAUAAAAUUUAUCGCACUAACAUAAUGAAUUUUAAUGAUCGAAACUUAUAAUACUAAUUUUAUAUUUAAAGGAAUCUAGCUUUUUAUUU